AGAAUCGAUUUUUCGCUUCAGCACAAUUCGCGUCACAACGCAUGUUGCGGUUCCGGUGAUAUGGAGUCCCCGCUGGUUUUAUCAGUGAGAGUGGCAAUGAAUAGAUAUGUGCUAUGCUAUUGAAGCUAGUGGAUAUCUGAAUAGCUAAACGAGCUCAACAUCGCCCGUCUUGUUGGCGUGUGUGGAAAUGUUUAUUACACGUCGUUGACAAAUACAGCGGAGGCCAGAAGACAAAUUCCUCCUCCCGUUGGGGACGAUGACGAAACAACCCUCUACCGCUUUCCCUUUGCAUCACUACACUGCUUCGGUGGAUGUGGUGAAGGGUGCUCCCUGCGCGUAUUUAUAUGUUUUCUGUUAUUGCAGCGGCAAUGAAUCAUUUCCCUAGCAGUAGCACACCCAACGAUUAUUGCACAUUAUUAAGUGUAUUUUGACCCGAAGCGUAAAGAGUGCGAAAGCUGCCACUGCUAUAAUUGUUGCAGUCGUUUGACACCCUCUUGAGCCAUGUACGCGCGCAAAGAGGUAACGAUGCGAGCAAGGCGCCCUAUACGUUUGCGUGUAACUGAGAAACAAGCAGCGAACGAUAUGUUCCCACAGCAGCCAACCAGUCAGAAACAAACAGUGGCUGUUUAUGUGCAGUUUGGGCUCUGACUGCUGGGACAGACAGAGUUAGUGCAGUGCAGUGUAUGUGUCCAGCUUCAUAGCUACACAGCAGCAGCAGCAGCGGGAAACGUUCAGAAAAGCAAUAGGAUAAAUCCAAACAUUAGCAUGAUUCCAAUCGCCCCAAUCCAACUUCGCAUAUUUGAUUCGCCCAAGAUGACGGACUCGAAAUACUUUACCACGACGAAGAAAGGUGAAAUUUUCGAACUCAAAUCCGAGCUCAACAAUGACAAGAAGGAAAAGAAAAAGGAAGCAGUGAAGAAGGUCAUUGCCAGCAUGACCGUAGGGAAAGAUGUCUCGGCCCUGUUUCCCGACGUUGUGAACUGCAUGCAAACCGACAACUUGGAGUUGAAGAAGCUGGUCUAUCUGUAUUUGAUGAAUUACGCCAAGUCGCAGCCCGAUAUGGCCAUCAUGGCCGUCAACACGUUCGUUAAGGAUUUGCCACAUUCUCAACUCGUUAAGGAUUGUGAGGACACGAAUCCACUGAUCCGUGCGUUGGCCGUGCGCACGAUGGGCUGCAUCCGAGUGGAUAAGAUCACGGAGUAUCUAUGUGAACCGCUGCGCAAGUGUUUAAAAGACGAAGAUCCCUAUGUACGCAAGACCGCCGCAGUAUGCGUGGCCAAGCUGUACGACAUCUCCAGCUCGAUGGUCGAAGAUCAAGGCUUUCUGGAUCAACUGAAGGAUCUGCUAUCCGAUUCGAAUCCCAUGGUGGUGGCGAACGCCGUUGCUGCGUUGAGCGAGAUUAACGAAGCUAGUGCGAGUGGCCAACCGCUGGUGGAGAUGAAUUCUGCCACCAUCAACAAGCUUUUGACGGCGCUCAACGAGUGUACUGAAUGGGGACAGGUAUUUAUACUGGAUUCGCUGGCGAACUACACUCCCAAGGAUGAACGUGAGGCGCAAUCGAUAUGCGAACGUAUUACGCCUCGAUUGGCUCACGCCAAUGCAGCAGUGGUGCUGAGCGCUAUAAAGGUGCUGAUGAAGCUGUUAGAAAUAUUGGCCGGCGACGGUGAUUUCUGUUCGAUGCUGACCAAAAAGCUUGCUCCUCCUUUGGUUACGCUUCUUAGCUCCGAACCGGAGGUGCAAUACGUAGCACUGCGGAACAUUAAUCUGAUUGUGCAGAAGCGUCCGGAUAUUCUGAAGCAUGAGAUGAAGGUGUUCUUUGUGAAAUAUAACGACCCUAUCUACGUGAAGCUCGAGAAGCUGGAUAUUAUGAUUCGUUUGGCGAAUCAAAGCAACAUUGCGCAGGUUUUGAGCGAAUUGAAGGAAUACGCCACUGAGGUGGAUGUUGAUUUCGUGCGCAAAGCUGUCCGCGCUAUCGGACGAUGCGCGAUUAAGGUGGAACCUUCGGCGGAACGGUGCGUGUCCACGCUGCUCGAUCUCAUCCAGACGAAGGUGAAUUACGUCGUUCAGGAAGCGAUCGUUGUGAUAAAGGACAUUUUCCGCAAGUACCCCAACAAGUACGAGAGCAUCAUUAGCACACUGUGCGAAAACUUGGACACGCUCGACGAACCGGAAGCACGCGCGUCGAUGGUGUGGAUUAUCGGUGAAUAUGCGGAGCGAAUCGAUAACGCUGAUGAACUGUUGGACGGUUUUCUGGAAGGUUUCCAGGAUGAAAAUGCACAGGUACAGCUGCAGCUGCUAACGGCGGUGGUGAAAUUGUUCCUCAAGCGUCCUGCCGAUACGCAGGAACUCGUCCAGCAUAUUCUUUCCCUGGCCACGCAGGAUUCGGACAAUCCGGAUCUGCGAGAUCGCGGCUUCAUCUACUGGCGACUGCUGUCCACGGAUCCGGCCGCGGCGAAGGAGGUCGUACUAGCGGAUAAACCGCUCAUUUCAGAAGAGACCGAUUUGCUGGAGCCAACCCUGCUGGAUGAGCUGAUUUGCCAUAUCAGCUCGUUGGCCAGUGUCUACCACAAACCUCCAACGGCGUUCGUGGAGGGACGAGGCGCUGGUGUUCGCAAAUCGCUUCCGAAUCGCUCGGCAUCGGCGGCCGGAGAAGAAAGUUCCGCUGUCCCGGAGGCCACCGUUAUCCCCAACCAGGAAUCAUUGAUUGGCGAUCUGCUCUCGAUGGACAUUGGUGCACCGGCCGCUCCAGCCGCACCGGCUCCAGCAAGCAGCAAUGUGGAUCUUCUCGGCGGAGGUCUCGACAUUCUGCUGGGCGGCGGUCCAACGGCUGCGUCGAACGAUACGGCACCAGCGACAGCAGCUGCAGCAGGUGGCUCAGCUACGGGCGGACUACUGGGGGACAUUUUUGGUAUCGGUCCAGUUGGCGGUACCAACAUGAUUCAGAUACCGAAAAUCACUUGGCUGCCGGCGGAUAAGGGCAAGGGGCUCGAGAUACAAGGAACAUUCUCGCGCCGGGCCGGGCAAGUAUAUAUGGACAUGACAUUCACCAACAAGGCGAUGCAGGCAAUGACCGGAUUUGCGAUCCAGCUAAACAAAAACAGCUUCGGAUUGGUGCCAAGUGCUCCGCUUCAAGUUGCACCCCUACAGCCGUCGCAGUCGGUCGAAACGUCUCUUUCGCUUGGCACCACAGGUCCGGUGCAGCGUAUGGAACCACUGAAUAAUCUUCAAGUUGCCAUCAAAAACAACGUGGACAUUUUUUACUUCGCCUGCCUCGUGCACGGAAACGUGCUGUUCGUGGAGGAUGGACAGCUGGACAAACGUGUUUUUCUGACCACCUGGAAGGAAAUUCCGGCAGCGAACGAGAUACAGUACAAUCUGCACGGCAUUGUCGGCACGGCCGAUACGGUAGCAGCGAAAAUGACGGCCAACAACAUCUUCACUAUCGCGAAGCGCAACGUCGAAGGUCAAGAUAUGCUGUACCAGUCGCUGAAGCUAACGAACAACAUUUGGGUGUUGCUGGAGCUUAAACUGUCCCCGGGAAGUUCCGACGCAACGCUCAGCUUGAAAACGCGCUCGGUGGAAGUCGGAGCGAUUAUCUUCGCCGCGUACGAGCAGAUCAUCCGUUCACCCUAAAACAACCCAUAAGGCAUAACGGUAUAGAAUUAAGAUUGUUAUAUUCCAUUAGAUUGUAAACGUUGGACAAAGAUAGCCGUAACGUUAGACGACAGCAGCGUGAUCCGAAGGUUGAGAUCGUUAUGGACAUAUGAACUCUCAUACACGCGUCAUUUUGCGCCAGUGUUAGCUCUUUGUUCGCAAAAAAGGCAAUAUUACAUUGAUUGUUCUGCCCCGUCACGCUAUAAUUGUACUCAUGCACAGUGAAAACGAGCCAUGAAUUUUAGUAGUUUCGAAUAAGCGUCUAUCUCCCUAGUAACAACGCAUACUACUAGACAAAAGCAUCGCGUAAAACAAACCAUAUGUACCGCAAAUCCACACAUCGUCCGUUGUGACUAAAUAAAAUGUAAUCGAUCGAUACAAAACUA